UUGUCAUGUCAUGUCAAUGAAUAAUUUUCAUGCGCGAGCUUUGCUAUUUUAUUUUGUUACCUGUUUGUAAUUUUAUCAUUCGCUGACGGGCUGGCUUUGCAUUUCAACGUAAUUCGUUAUUGUUCGUUAGUGGUCAUUUGUAUUUACCCACAUUUCAAUUCUAAAUAAACUACUACGUGAGAAAAAAACAUGACUUUAGGAACAUACAACAGACACCAGGCUGAAAAGAAGAAGCAAGCGGCUCUGGCAGCGGCCUUCCCCCAAGGCAUACGUUGCCAGAAGUGCCUUGAGUAUGGCCACUGGAGCUAUGAAUGCACGGGGAAGCGCAAGAUAUUGGUGCGCCCGUCACGUACACAAAUCAUGAAGAAGAAUCUUAAGACCAAGUCUUCGAAAGAAGAAGGUUCAUGCAGCAAUGGCAGUUGCAAGAUACCAAGCAAGAAGAAACGUCAAGAAUCAGAUUGCUCUGACUGCUCCGACAAAUCGGACGGCUCCUCUUCUGACAGUUCCAGCUCAGAUUCCUCGUCAGGCAGCUCAGACUCCGGCAGCGACAACAGUGACUCUGAGAGUGACAGCGAGAGUGGGAGUGGGAGUGGCAGCGAAUCAGGUUCUUGCAGCGAUUGUUAAGAAUAUAUUUCAUAAGUAUUUAGGUAUAGUUUUAAGUACUGAAGGUGUUUGUCAACUUUUUAACCUGUAUUGUAUGGUGGAAGGUGAUUCACAUCCUACAGCAUUUACAAUUUGAUAUGAGAUUCAACUUGGAUGAUGAGUAAAAUUUACAGUUUUUAAAGUUCACAAAAACCCUAAGUGAGAUUUUAUGAUUUUCUACUGGUUCAAUGCUGGUCAUUUUAAAUAUUAAAUUCUUGAUUUUAGUUUUGUAUGUGAAAAUUAAGCUGUUGCUUUGAAACAAUGGCUAUUUGAAUUUUAUUAUUAUUUAAGUCGCAGGAAUAUAUUUUGAGAUAUUAUUUUAACUUUGAUAUAUUUGUGAUUAAAGAUAUUCCUGUAUCAUAUUUUAAUGUAUUUGUUACCUGACUACUGAUAAACAAUUAAAUUGUGAAAUCGAUUAAUUCUAGUUAGUUUUAAAGAUUGUUGACUUGAAUUUGUUUAUUGGUAAGAGGGUAAUUUUAUAAUGUGUAACUUUAUAUAACCUUAAAUAUAUAUAUAUGUAAUCUUAGUAUAGGACACCUUGAAUGAGUUUUUAAAAUUCUUGACAUUAGAACUUAGAAAAUGCUUUGUAAAGUGCAAAUUGAUAUUUUAAUUUUUAGAUUCUCCACUGUAUUCUUAGUCUUAGGCUUGCAUUUGAAUGAAAGCCCAUAUUUUGAAGCCCAUAUUGUGAAAAUGUAGUAGUUUUAAUAAGACUGUGUAAAAAUGAAUAUAUCUUUUGCAAGUAGUGUUAUUAUUUUCGUGAUUUAUUUAUUAAGUGUAAUUUGAAGAUUUUAUAAAAAAAUUAAAA